GGUGGUGGUAAAUAACGCUGGCAAUCUUUGUGUAGUCAUUCACAAUAUAACACGAUACUCGAUUACAUACGUACGUUGUUUCAAGUGACGAAGCAUCUUAUAGUCGACCAGUUACAAUCCGGACAUUAUAUUAGCGACAUAUAUUUUUUUUUGAUAUACGAUAUACUAGUUUUUUUUUUUAAAUUUAAUAAUCAAUUAAAAUGACAAAUAUUAAAUAUAUAUGUAUGAUAAAUAUUUACUUAGUAAUUAGCAUCUGGUUAACGACAAUUUUGUCAGUGAGAUCGCAAACAGUUUGGCUAGAUGUUGAUACGGGUAAAAUAGUGGGUGUAUCUAAGAGUCAAUCGAACCAGCCUGUGGGUAAUUAUGGUCAAGUGAAUUAUAAUUAUAAUAGAAGACCGCAGUAUGGUCAAACUAACGCACUUUCGCCAAAUUAUGGUGUUAAUAAUCAGAGAGUUGGUGGAAAUAAUUUGAAUCCAAUGUGGAAUUGCAGAAACAGCAGAACGGGUUUCAAUUUUCCUGUAACAAAUGAAGUAAUGUUCAAUACGUUCCCGGAAAUUUUACAACAAGCACAAAGAUCUAAUUUCCCAAGACAAAAUUAUCCGAAUUAUAAUCGUAAGCGUCAAUAUGGGCAGCAAAAUCAUUACAGAUUUGAAUUUGGUAUACAGAGAAAAAAACGUAGUACUUUAGAUCCUGAGUGGGUUUGUACAAAUAGUAAAACUGGGGAUAUGUUAGUAAUUGCCAGUGAAGUCAUGACUGAUAAAUUCCCAGAAAGUACUCAAAAUACGUUAAAUAAUCAACGAUAUCCUAAUUCAUAUGCAAAUAACCCCUGGUUAAAUGGUCAAAAUCUACCAAAUCAACCAACCAAUCAAAUACCCCAGCAAAAUGUCCCUCAAAAUCCGCCAAAUUGGGGGCAAAACAAUCAAAACAUACCAAGUACUCCAAUACCUCAACAAAAUAUUCCUCAAAAUCCACCAAAUUGGGGACAAAAUAAUCAAAAUAUUCCUCAGAAUCCACCAAACUGGGGGCAAACCAACCAAGUUAUACCAAAUACUCCAAUACCUCAACAAAAUGUCCCUCAAAAUCCACCAAAUUGGGGACAAAAUAAUCAAAAUAUUCUUCAGAAUCCACCAAACUGGGGGCAAACCAAUCAAGUUAUACCAAGUACUCCAAUACCUCAACAAAAUAUUCCUCAAAAUCCACCAAACUGGGGGCAAAAUAAUCAAAACCCCAACAAUCCAAUCAAUUUUCCCCCCUUUCAAACAACACCUGAACCUACUGACCUACCAGCAAUUAUUUUAACUACGAAAAAACCAUUCCCGAAAUUAGAAGACAUUGACUGGCUCAAAUACAUCGAAACAACAACGAAACCAACACCAACAACAACGUCGACGACUGAAAAACCAGCUUUUAAUCCGACGAGUUUAAGCCAAGCAAUUGACGGCGAGGGAAUUAUUAUGCCCAGAGGAAAUUUUGAAAAGUAAAUCAACUCAGUACGUCAUCAGUCAUCAUCUACUUUGUCAUAAGUCUUACUUAUACAUUUACAUAUAUAUAUAUAUAUUUUAAAUAAAUUAUGUGAGUUUAUAACUCUGACUUUCAUCAAAGAUACGAGUAAAAAUUGUUUGUAAAACAAAAAUAUUUACAGAGUAAUUUGAAUACUCAGUAAUUUUGUCAAUAAAAAUUUAAUUAUUUUGUAAAAAUAUUGACUGUAAUAAAAUAUCUAUUGAAAGAAACAGCAAAUUAAAUAUUUUGCAUACUUGUAAAGUCAUGGACUUGUUAAUUAAAAAAAUAAAAAAUUUAUAAAACUG